UGGAGAAGAAGUUGUUGUGUGGAGAUGUGUGAAGGUGGCUGUUGUUUGCUCACAGGACGAGACCACGUGUGUCGCUUCAUCGGCUGUGGCCGCAACGAGCGCUACAACUAUGUGGUCAUGUCCCUGCAAGGGAAAAACCUGGCAGAACUACGCCGCAGCCAGACCAGAGGAUGUUUUUCCCUGAGCACCACACUCCGCCUGGCGUCUCAGAUACUGCGGGCCAUAGAGGCCAUACACGAUGUGGGAUUUCUGCACAGAGAUAUCAAACCGUCAAAUUUUGCCAUGGGUCGACAACCGAACCACCGCCAUGUGUACAUGUUGGACUUUGGCCUGGCCCGCCAGUACACCACGGCCUCGGGAGAAGUGCGACAGCCCCGCUCGGCCGCAGGUUUCCGAGGCACCGUUCGUUACGCUUCCAUCAAUGCACACAAGAACAAGGUUUGUACAAGGGCCCAGUGUUCCUGGCCCGGCAGCCAUGUUUUGUCAUGAUAUUUCUCGUUGAUG